AUGGAGGCAUUGGGCAAACAAAUCAAAAGGAGUGGUUUGGUACAAAAUCAAAUUGAGAUUGCAGUAACUGAACCUGUAUCACCUAGAGUUGGAUUGGAUGGCCUCUCCUUAGACAUUGCGACAAGCUUUGGAAAUAUGCAGAGUAGCAAACCUGACGGUGCUCUAAAGCUUGAUUAUAUGCAUUGCACUCAAUUGUCUCAGUAUGUGAGCGAACUAACGUUAGAUGAUGGGUUCAAUUGGAGAAAAUAUGGGCAGAAAUCAGUGAAAGCCUCAAUUAGAGAGGAUGCUUUUGAGCAAAACUCUCUAAUCAUAGAUUUAGGAGGAGCUGCAGAUGAAAGUGAUCAUGAGGCCAAAAUAUGGAAUGUAGAAAAUGCAAACAAUCAAACCUCAUCAGAUUUUGAGGGUAGAAUUUUUAGAAAACCUAGACUUCUGGUGCUGACAAGAAGUGAUAUUGAGAACUUGGAUGAUGAGUAUAAAUGGAAGAAAUAUGGAAUGAAAGUAUUGAAAGGAAAUCCAAAUUCAAGUAACCACUACAAAUGCGCAUUUGUAGGAUGUCCAAUGAGGAAAUGGGUCGAGCGAGCAUCACAUGACUUAAGGGUUGUGAUCAAAACAAUUGUGAUCAAGUUAGAUUAG